GCUGGGUGAAUAAUGGCGGACUGCGGGAACGGCACCGCAGCGAAAAAACUCAAAACGCACACCGACAAUGAGUGCAAAGAUACCGGCGAAUUUUUAUCCGACAGUCCCGUGUCUGGUUUUGAGAUCACCCGAAUUCUGCGCGACUCUGCGCGGGAGAAAAACAUUUUUAUUCAUGGAAAGGUGAAAGAUCAGGAUGCUGUUGUGAUUUUGGAGAAGACCCCCAUCAGACAGGACACACUCACUGAGUUACUAAAGAGCAGUGAACUCAAACUGGAGAUGAGGAAUGAUGUGUACAGCACAUACCAGCUACAUGCACCUGCCCACCUGAACCAAAUCAAGACAACAGUGGUGUGCCCUGCGACAGAGAAGCAUGUCAAGAAAUACUUGCAUCAGGAGAUUUUUCUGGUUGAAGAAUCUGGGGAGGAUUAUCGAACCAUCACCCUGCCGUACAUCAGCAAGCAGAGCUUCAGUGUACAGUGGGUGUACAACAUCUUGGAGAAGAAAGCAGAGGCGGAUCAGAUUAUUUAUGAAGAUCCAGACCCCGAUACUGGUUUUGUCCUAUUGCCAGAUUUUAAAUGGGAUCAAAAGCAGAAAGAAGACUUGUAUCUGAUUGCCAUCGUCCACCGGAGGGACAUCAAAAGUUUGAGGGAUCUUACAUCGGAGCACCUGCCAUUACUCACAAACAUUCGCAGCAAAGGAGAGGACACCAUUCAGAAGCGAUUCAGUGUCCCCUCCAGCAAACUGCGGGUGUAUUUGCACUAUCAGCCCUCGUACUAUCACCUCCACGUCCACUUCACCUCACUGGACUAAGAAGCUCCAGGCUGUGGGGUGGAACGGGCUCACCUGCUUUCUGAUGUCAUCCAGAACUUGCAGGCAGAUUCUAGUUACUAUCCCAACCGCAGCAUGACUUUCCCUCUGCGUACUGAUGACGGUCUGCUCCUCAAGUUCAAAGAGGCUGGAAAGCUCUAAACUGACCACUGAUCUCUUUCUUGCUUUCGUUAAAAAAAAAUGCCAUGUAAUCACAUCUACUUUGAGAAAUAAGAUUCUCAAAGUUGUUUUGUGAAGUCGAUUUUAUCAAAAAGAGAAAUGUAAUUGUGAUUGUUUGCAUUUGUAUUAAAGUAUUGAUUCGUUUUUUAAAUCGCAGACUUCUCUUCAUGCUGUGGGCAGAACUUAAAUUCAUAACCUCAAAUUGCGGUUACACUUUUUGCACCUGUUUGUGGUGCACUAUGAAAAUUCAUUUGAAAGGAAAACCGGGGCCGUUGGUGCCUCUCUGUUUAAUUCCUUCUGCGUUUAGGGUCCUUUUGAAUAGAUCUGCCUGUGAUUGACAGAACCGCGGGUAGCAGUGAAAUGACAUCCCUGUUGUUUUUUAGUUUUUGACAAAAAAAUGGAAAAUAAACUAAUAUAGACAAUUAAUAAAACACAUGGCAACAUAAACAUGAAAUUAUUGGAAAUU